UUACUUUUUUUAUUAAAAAUAAAUAAAUCUCACUAAUCUCGAAUCUUUUGUUUUUAGCUGAUAAAAUAAAAACGAACAAAAAAAAAACAGAGCGGAUGAAAAAUGGACAAUGUUUUUAGCAAAUUAAGAAAACUUUAUUUAAAAAAUGAAAAAAACCAACGGCUCCGAGUCUUAAAAAAAGUCCAGACUUAGAUUUCUGGUCACUGGAAAUAGACAACAUCGUCACCGUUUGUAAGCCCAAAAGAGUCACCCGACAGGCAUUGUUUCUUGUUAGUACGCUUCUCGUAUUCGACACACCAAUCCGUUCGGCGUCUCCGUUCGCCACCUCAAUAUGACAGACGAGGAACUUUUACGGAAGCUGGAGGACUUCACCAAAAAUGCCCAGUUUCACCAGUUGGAGACUCUCCGCUCCAUCCUUGAUCACAACGGCAGCGUACGCUAUCUCCAGCCCUACCUCCGAGGCUAUGAUGCGCCGGUCAACGCUGAUACUUUCAGACGAUGCGUGCCCUUGUCUUGCUACGAUGAUUAUGCUGCUUAUGUCAACCAAAUGGCCAAUGGAAUGAAUGAUCGUGAUGCGCCUCUCCUCUCUGUUGACCCUCUGCUCUGUUUCUUCUACAGCUCUGGAACAAGUUCCAUGAAGCCAAAACUAAUUCCUUACUUUGAUUCAAACUAUUCGAAAGCUGCCUCCUUUAUUGCUCACCGAGGGAGCGUAUCCAUCCUACAGAGGCUGUUUCCUCCGAGGCCUACGGUCAACAAGAACCUAUGGUUUCUCUAUGCCGGCAAUAUUACUACUACUAAAAGUGGCUUGAAAGUUAUGGCUGCUUCUUCCUUCCCUAUGCAAAGUGGUAAAGCUACCUCUCAACAACUCGCUUCCAGUUCUAGUCCUCCAGAAGUCAUUCUUGGAUCAAAUGUUCAGCAUCAAAUGUAUUGCCACCUUCUUUGUAGCCUCAGGAACUUCAAUGAUAUAGAUGCGGUUAGAGCUCCAUAUGCCGCAGGCUUGAUUAGAGCCUUUAAUCUCCUAGAGUCUAAAUGGGAGCAGCUAUGUGAUGAUCUUGACAGUGGUUUUGCAAGUGAUGAAAUUUCAGAAAUGUCAACAAGGGAAACAGUUAGAAAAAUUAUUGACGGGCCUCAACCAGAGUUGUCAAGGAGAGUAAGGCUAGCUUGUGAAGGCAAUGACUGGGGUGGAAUUGUAAGUAGGUUAUGGCCCAACAUACGUUAUAUUAGGUGCGUUACCACUGGCAGCAUGAAGCAGUACUACCCAAAGCUUAAGAACUAUGCAGGAGAUAUACCUAUUUUAGGAGGAGAUUACUUUGCUUCAGAGUGCUGUGUGGGUAUUAAUUUAGACAUAAUGCAACCCCCUGAAACAACCCAUUAUGUACUACUUCCGACAGCUGCCUACUUUGAGUUUCUUCCAUUCAAGAUGGAUCAGGGUGAUGAUUACAGUGAAGAAACAGUGGACUUUAGUGGUGUAGAGGUAGGGAAGAUGUAUGAAGUUGUUGCUACCACCCAUAGAGGAUUCUACCGCUAUCGUUUGGGUGAUAUAGUGAGAGUUGUUGGUUUCCAUAACUCAUCUCCACUUGUAGAAUUUGUGAUGAGAGGGCCUAAAACUCAUUUUGAGAUUCUCACUGAGAAAGACUUGAUAUUGGCAGUUGAAAAUUUUCAACUUGCACUGAGAACUGCUGGGGGAAUAGAGAUUGUUGAAUUUGCAAGUUCCUUGGAUGACGAGUUGAAGCCAAAACAGUUGAAGCUAUUUGUAGAAGUUAAAGAGGAACAUACAAAUACAAUUGUGCAGGAUGAAUGGAAAGAAUCAGUCGUAACUUUUCAAAGGUUCAGUUCUUCUCUUGAGAGGGGCUUGGGAGCUAUGUACAGCGUGCAGAGGGAGACAGGGGAAAUUGGGCCAUUGUUGAUUUUCAUCCUAAGGCCUGGAGCUUUUGACGAGUUAUCAGAAGUAGCUAUUAAGAACGGAGCACCAGCUAGUCAAUAUAAACCACCUAAGAUUAUUCAAAAUCGGGAAAUUGUGAAACUCUUGGAAAAUUUAGCCCUUGUGACAGUAUCUUUGGAUGGCUCAUAAAUAGUGAAUGGACUGGAGUCCUACCACUUCAUCCCUUCCCAGACCACCUGAAAGUAAAUUAAUUUGUGGAAUCAUGACAUCGAUCUGAUCACAUAUAGUGAUUUAAUGUACAGAAGAUGUUUAGUUGCUCUUAAAACACUAAAAAGCGCUAAUUAAAGGAUUGAUUUGUCUGGAGAUA